AUGAACACGACGAUUUUUUCAGCACCGUCGUCGGCGUCGUCGUCAUCGAGUUCGUCUUUAUUCGUAGCUUGGACUGACGCGGCAGCAGGAGGAGCUACUCUGAAUACAAAGCAUAUUCGUUCUCAUCUUCGUCGUCAUCAUCAUCGACAACGCAGCAGAGCAGAGGAUUAUCCAUUCAGAAAACUUUCAUCAUCGACCACGAGAACUCGCGCUUCCUCUUCUUCCGACGAUACUAAUACUGAUACUACAAGUUCAUCAUCAUCAUCAUCUUGGACGGCGAGAGAGAAAACGCAGAUGAAUAAAAAUAUCGAUUACUUGUACGAACUCGGGAAGAACGAUACGGGAAACACAAACACAAACGUCGGAGCGAAAGAAGGAAAGAUUGACGAUAUUUUCGCACGGAAUCGAGGCGAUGGUGAAUUUAAACUCGGGGCGGAUUCAGACAUCGCCAACGGCGAUUUGCGCUUUCGGUUCCAAGAAGUUCGACAGUUUAACAACUUAGUCGGAGACUACUUCGUUCCAGAACAGUUCAUAGAAAAAGUAGCUUUACACGUGUGCAAAAAUUUCAUGUGCGCCGCGCAACCGAAUAGUCCGAAUGUCCCUUUGAUUUUAGGCGUCUGGGGUGGUAAAGGAUGCGGGAAAACGUUCAACUUAGAACUCGCGUGUAAAAAAUUAGGAAUGAUGCCCAUCGUAACGAGCGCGGGUGAACUCGAAGAUGAAAGCGCGGGCGGGCCUGGUAGGCUCAUACGACAAAGAUAUCGACGCGCGGGAGAAGUCGUUCGAGUGCACGGGAAAAUGUCCUGCUUGAUUGUGAACGACAUCGAUGCCGGAUUGGGAUGGUUCAAAGAUACGCAACAAACGGUGAAUAAUCAAACUGUGUGUGGAACGCUCAUGAACUUGUGCGACCAUCCUGAGUUAGUUUCUUUAGGCGAAGAGCGCCGCGAAGACGGCUCGAAUUUACAAACCGUGAGAAUACCCAUCAUAGUCACCGGGAACGAUUUGAGUCGUUUGUACGCACCGCUUUUGCGAGAUGGAAGAAUGGAAAAAUGGUACUGGGACCCUCAAUUCGAUGAUAUUGUAAACAUGGUAGACGCUCUGUUUAAAGACGAUCCGUUGUGGAGUAUUGAUGAUACGAGAGCGUUGGUGGCAAAAUUUCCGAACCAGCCGCUGGAUUUUUUCGGAGCUACGCGUUCCACGGUGUACGACGACGCCAUUCGUAACUGGAUGAUUGGCAACUCGAAAAAGAAGAACGGCUACGACGAUCAGUUUGGCCAAGUAUUGAUGAAAAAUUUAGCUCUUGGGACAUCUGGUGUGGAUUUAUUUGGCAACGUUGGUACGGAUGAAGCGCCUUCUUCGGCUUGGAAGUACCACGCGCCUCUGGAGAUUGUCCAGUCCGAGAAGACGCAAAUCACCACGGAAAGCGUAAUGGCAGCUGCAAAAGAGUUAUCGAACCAACAAGAUUUGGUCAACUCAGAAAAGCUAUCGGUAGAGUAUAUGAAGUGGCAAAAGAAUCCCGAGGAUUUAACCCCGGAAGAAAAAGAAGCUAUGGAAGCUAAACGAUCUUGGCAAAAAACGAUGAAGAAACGAGAACAGGAACGCGAGUUAAGACGCAUGGAGAUGCGUUCGAGCGCAGCGAGCGAGCAAGCCUUGAAAGCGCGCACACUAAUGCUCGAAGCUACAAUUCGGCGAGCGAAAGAGAAGAAAGCACAGCGAGAAGCUGAAAUAGCAGCGAACCCAUCGCUAAAGCUCGAAGAGGCUGCGAGAAAAAUGAACUCAGAGGUAGCGAAAAAGCAAAACGCCAUUCCGGGACCGCCGUCUCGUAAAGAUAGUAAAUAUACCAUCGUAUCUGUUGAAAGCGCAUUUGAUGCCUUCAAGGCAAAAAUGUGCAAAGUGGUAGAUGUACGAGACAUGCGAUCGUUUAGACGCGAAUCUGUCGUCGGAUCCAUCAACCUCCCUAUUGUUAAAGUUGAAGGAAAACCGCUCGCGUAUACGUACGAAGCGAACGCCGCAGAUUUUAUCGAGCAGUUUACGAAGAUGUUUACGAAUAAAGAAGAGAUGAUUGUAUUGUUAGGCGGUGAUGCAAUAAACGAAAGGACAAAUCUUGAAAUCGACAAUCCCGAACUAAAUGGUUUAGCGGCGUAUUUGGCUGAAAACAUCGGAUACGAAAACAUCGCGGUCGUUCCGGGCGGUUACGAUGGAUGGGUCCGCGAAUACACUCCGGGUGGUAAGAAGAGACUGAAGGAGUGGUCGCUCGAUUAUGUCACCGGUGCAGCUGGAACAACGUGCGUUGGUGCCGAGCUUCCCGUCGUUGGUUCUCUCGCAGACGAGCGUCGCGCAGCUGAACUUGAAAAACUCGAGAAGUUGAAGAAAAGUUUGGCGAGUGGCGACGCGUGGAAACGCGCGUUUGAUUCUCGAAGCGGUAGGAUGUACUUCUACCACAACAAGUCGAAACGGACACAAAAUCAAAAUCCAGAAAUGUAUAAUGCUAAAACAGGACGUUGGAAGUUGCUAGACCCGCUGGGCGAAAAUGAAAAGGAAGAUGAGGAAGAGGAAUGCGGCGAAGGCAUAACUAAUGAAGAUGAUGAGGGUUCAAAUGCAAAAGUAGAUAUCAAAACGAUUACCAUCGACGAAGCCGUGGAACGUUUCUACUCGAAGAAAGCCGUCCUCAUUGACUGCCGAAACGCAUUUGAUAUUAAAACCGAGAGUAUUGAAAAGAUGUUGACAUGUCCGUUGCGACUUGCGAAAGGAACAAAGUUGAGUCCGGAGUACGAUCCUGUCGAAGAAAAAGAUUAUAUAGAAAGUCUCUUGACAUUGCUAGGCGGAGGAGGCGACGCCACCGAAGUAAAAGCACAAACAAUCAUUUUCGUUGGGGGUGAUUCAGAUGAAGAACAAUCGCACAUUGCCGCAUCGCGAGCGCUUCUGAAUGGAUUCGAAAACGUAGAAAUAGUGGACGGUUCCGUUUCAAAAUGGCUAAAAUUUUAUAGUCCGUCCGGAAAGAAGAAAAAGGUCGUCGCAGGUGGCGCCUAUAAAACCGACCUGUUAGCGACUGGCGCGUUCAAUCCGUUUGCUGGAGAAAGUUGA